AUGGAUAGCAUCCUUCAAACAGAUAUAUCCCAACUCCAGGGGACCCCGUCUCCUCAAACAGACUUGUUUUUGGAUGCGUCCAACAAGCCUAUCAAGUUUUACUUAUACCCCCCUCUUGACCAGAACCAACAGUUGAUACAUCUAAUUGAAUCCCAUAGUGGGCUUGUGGUUGGAGGAGUCACCAAGGACACAGUGAUUUUGUCUUCUCCAGACUUCCUGAUGAGCGAGGACUUGAAACGGUUCCAUGUGUAUUCUUACAAGUUUGUCCAGGACUCUAUCAGCAAGGGCAUCCAGCCUCUGAUUUCGUAUAUCCUUCAUUCCCCUUCCACGGUGAUAGCUUCAAAUGAUCUCAACAGUUUGAACGGACCGGCCACAAUGCGGUACUUCACUCCAGAUGAGGACGCUUAUUUGUUCGAGGAGAUCCGGAAAAGACCUUGGAUGGGCUACAAGGGCCACCAGAUUUACAAGGAUAUCAGUGAAGAAGACUAUUUCAAACAGAGACAGCGGAGUGCAGCCUCUCUUAGAGAGAGAAUCCGGACAUUGAAGUACGAUAUCGAGUACGUUUAUAAAGCAGGACCAAACAGAACUUUGCUCAAGGACUCCAACGGAAAUUACAUCAAGGAUUACAAUAUCAAGAAGAAGACCACCAGUUUCACCGCCUGGGAAGACUUUGAGAUGUGCAAGACGAUCUACACCAAGCUGAGACCGAGCGUGGACGAGAAAGGGUUUGAGAUCAUCAAUUUUCCCACCGGAUUCUUCGACAAUUACGCAAAUACCCAUCCUAACCACACCUCGGAGUCUUGGAGACAGAGAUACAAGAACUUUUUGAGCUUGUUUGGCGUGACAAACUACUUGAAAUACUGUAUCAUGCAAGUGAGACAGGAGAAAGAGGCUCUUGCUGCGAAUGUCGCCAACAAAGACUGGCUGAGUGCUAGAAAACACCUGAAAAAAGCAGCUGGUCCAAAACUGUACUUCCCCAACAUCCCAGAAGGAAACGACUUUGUGGACGAGAACCUGGACAUUUUCGAGACUCCCGAGUUUGGCGAGCCGGAGAUCGUUCCUGCUCCUCGGCCAGAGAACCAGUUCCUGCGUCCUACUCCGCAAGAACAGAUCGAGCAGUCCAUUGCAAUGGCUGCGCAAAACCAGGCCGACAACGACCUGGCCGCUGCGUUCAAGAGUUUCAGAGACAGUCAGCCGUCUGGUCCUCCUGCCAAGCGUGCCAAGAUCGAGCAGAGCAACUCUGCGAACAUCGAUCCUGCGAUCGAGGGCAUGCAGUCGCCUUUGGAGUUCAUUGACGAGCCAACUGUGCGGUUCUCUGACCCGCGGUUUUUGCAGGCGUUUAAGAAAGAAGGACCGGCCAUUGACCUGGCCAACGUUGCUGCUCAGAAAGAGUCUUUCUUCAGCAAGUUGGACGACGUCCUCGACUCGAAUCUGACUGUUCCUACCAAGACGCUGUUCUACAGACUGACCAAUCUCGGAAUCAAGGAGUACUACCUUGUUUUCCUGUUCCACAGAUGCAAUUCGAACCGGAGUCUGGUGCUGGAUUGUAUCAAGAACUAUGUUGAAACCAAUGGCGACGUGCUGCUCGCCCAGAAGCCAGGAAUCUGGUCCGACAAGGCGCUGGAGUGGCUCGAGAAGGGAGACGAGCACUCUCUUGAGCUGCUGGAAGCCUACCACAAGGUGGAAGAUCUCAAGUCGCAAAAGAGCUACCUGCUGAAAAAUAAGCGAGAAUGA